UCAUCGCCCCUACAUAUAAACUGAACAGAAGCGGCACUGCCCGAGAACAGAGCCACCCAUUACAAAACAAAACACAUAUUGCCUUUGUCCCUCUCUCUCUCCCGUUCCCAGUGAGAAGGAAGAGUGCAGUGGAGGCUCCUCUGUUUUCCUCUGCUGCUUUGUUUCCCUGUCAAUGUGGGGCGUGACUCGGCGCGACGUGACGGGCGUUGGGUUCAUUGAGUCGGCCGCGACCCAGUUUGAGGCUGGAAAGAGUAGAUGGAGGACUCUGCUACUUGCAUACCAGACGCUCGGAGUCGUUUUUGGGAGCCUCGUCACGUCUCCUCUGUAUGUGUAUCCCUCGAUGCCGUUGACCAAUCCGACAGAGGACGACUACUUGGGAGUAUACAGUAUCAUGUUUUGGACUCUCACUCUCAUCGGAGUUGUUAAAUAUACUUGUGUAGCUCUCAAUGCCGAUGAUCAGGGUGAAGGUGGGACAUUUGCAUUAUACUCGCUGCUCUGUAGGAAUAUGAACAUCGGAAUUCUCAAGUCCAAACGCGUAGAUUCCAACUCAAAUAUCUUGAGGAAUACCCAGCCAGCUGAAAAGGAAACUAGGCUUGCGAAAUUCUUCGAAAGGAGCAUCGUUGCUAGAAGAGCACUCCUGUUUAUUGCUAUGUUGGGCGUGUGCAUGCUUAUUGGUGAUGGUACCAUCACCCCUGCAAUUUCCGUGCUAUCGGCAAUCGAUGGAUUGAGAACACCUUUCCGGUCAGUAGUCAGCAAGUCUCUAGUGGAAGCUCUCUCAGCAAUAGUUCUGAUAGUGCUGUUCCUUCUCCAAAAGCUCGGAACCUCUAAAGUGAGCUUCCUGUUUUCUCCGAUCAUGGGGGCAUGGACUCUAUCCACUCCACUCAUUGGAACUUAUAGCAUCAUAAAGCAUUACCCGGGCAUAUUUAAGGCACUGUCUCCUGUCUACAUCGUUCGUUACUUCACGAGGAACGGGAAGAAUGGCUGGCUUUCACUUGGGGGGACCGUGCUCUGUAUUACCGGUUCAGAAGCACUGUUUGCAAAUCUUGGGCACUUCAAUCGAGCUUCCAUUCAGAUAGCAUUCCUGUUCACUAUUUACCCAUCAUUGAUUCUUACUUAUGCGGGUCAGACUGCUUACUUGAUCAAGCACCCCAGCGAUCACAGCGACGGGUUCUACAAGUUCAUUCCUUCCAGCGUUUACUGGCCAAUCUUCGUGAUUUCCACUUUGGCGGCGAUUGUGGCUAGCCAAUCGCUGAUCUCGGCAACCUUUUCUGUGAUCAAGCAGUCGGUAGUACUGGAUUACUUUCCUCGGGUCAAGGUGGUUCACACAUCCUCGAGCAAUGAAGGCGAGGUUUACUCCCCGGAAAUCAACUACAUCCUCAUGGUUCUCUGUGUUGCCGUCAUUCUUAUCUUUGGAGACGGGAAGGACGUUGGGAAUGCUUAUGGUGUCGUCGUAAGUCUAGUCAUGGUCAUAACGACUGUACUCCUGACCCUUGUUAUGAUCACUAUAUGGCGGACACCAGCAGUCCUCAUCGCUCUCUACAUUACAGUAUUCUUCAUGAUGGAGGGUGUUUAUGUCAGUGCGGUUCUGACCAAGAUCCAGGAGGGCGGGUGGAUCCCCUUCGUGAUAUCAAUCAUCCUUGCCUUCAUCAUGUUCGGGUGGUUCUACGGGAGGCAGAGGAAGAUAGAGUAUGAGCUCACCAGCAAGAUUGAUCUCGAGAGACUCGGUGUCUUGUUAUCUGAUCCUUGCGUUAAGAGGGUCCCGGGCUUGUGCUUCUUCUACAUGAACAUCCACAAUGGCUUAAAGCCGAUCCUCGGGCACUACAUCAAGAACAUGAGGUCUCUCCACGAGGUCACGAUCUUCACUACUCUCCAGUACUUAUUGGUCCCGAAGGUAGCCUCGCAUGAGAGGAUCAUAGUUAAGAAGCUCGGGCUCAAGGGGGUGUACAGUUGCGUGAUCCAAUACGGGUACGCAGACUCACUCAAUCAGGAGGGGGAAGAAAUUGUAGGCCAAGUCAUGAGCUGCUUGCAAGCCCAUUUGAGGAGUGUGUCAAGCUUCGAGUUGUCCUGUGACCCUCUGGAAGUCGAGCAGGAGAAUUCCGAAAUAGAAGAGGCAAAGCAUCAAGGCGUGGUCCACAUCCGAGGGAAGACCCAGUUCUACAUGGGGCCUAAUUGCGGGUGGUUCGAUAAGAUCUUGCUUCCGUUUUAUGAAGUCUUGCAUAGCAACUGCAGAUCAGCUCUCCCAACUCUUGGCAUCCCGUCACAGGAGCAAAUUGAAGUGGGAAUGCUCUAUGAGGCGUAAAUAACAGGCGUUGAAGUUUUGGAGCAAGAAGGUGUUUCGACCGUCUAAAGGUGGAAGAGGGAGUUAUUAUAAGAAUUAGAUAGACACAGGUUAUUAGUAAGUACAUGGGAGCUAAAAUCUUGUGAGUUCUAGUAUAUUCUGAGGGAUUCCAUGUAGGAACCAACACUUAGUAAGUGAUAGUAUUUUUCGGGUUCAUGAUGACUAUAUUCUGGUUGAUGUGAGGUUGUCCUGAUCUCAGAUGUUUCUGUUGCCAUAUUAUCAAGUCGAUGCGUGCUUUCCAGAAA